GUAUUGAAAAAAGUUCUCGGGGUAUUUCUACGCGGUUGAAGAGACUGUCAACAUUUAUUGUUAGAAAUUUGCCAGCCCCUUCAGCAGGACAUUUCUCACAUUUAUCUGGAGGUAAUAGGUAUUGUCCUAAUUGGAAGACGUUGAAUAAUGUCGAUACUACGAAAAUUGGGAAAAAUGGCGUCUUUUGACGAGACGCACUCGGAAGCAAGAAGAAAAUCAGAAUUUCAAAUUAAACUGAUGGAAAGAGACCCAAGCGAACCGAAGGUGGUUUUGAUUGCAGCAAAAAAUAGCCAACAUUGCGAGUAUAGCUUCAAAUGGUACUUCGAUAAUAUUCAUAGAAAAGGUAAUCAAGUCGUUAUUGUCUAUAUUAUCGAAUUACCGGAACAGAGAACCUCAUCAUCUAGAAACAUGCAUGUAUCUCCCAAAACGUUGCAAGAACUAUGGCAAAAGGAGGAAGAGAGAACAUUGGAAAUAGAAGACACGAUGAGACGCCUGCUUCAAGAAAAGAAAUGUAGCGGAGUUCUUAGAACAGCCGCAGGCAGACCUGGUGCGACGAUUUGCAAAGUCGCACAUGAGGAAAGUGCCUCUAUGGUAAUAAUUGGGGCACGCUGCGAACACAAGAUGAAGGAUCUGUUUGUGUCUUCUAUUCCUGAAUACGUUAUUCAACAUGCUCCUUGUCCCGUUGUCAUAAAUCAUUUACAACCUAUCCAACGUAGAGCAUCUAGUUCUGAUAUUGAUGUACGUACGCGUCACUUCAGUGAUAGUACGCUAGCAACUAACAAAUCCAGGAAGAAGAAGUUAUCUUUUAUUGAUCGUGUUAGAUACAAGAGUGCUCGAGAUAAAUCUUCAACUGAUGAGUUUUCCAGAAGUUUAGCUAAAAUUUAUGAGUGUUUUGCCGUUAUGUCAAAUUUACAAAAACAUCUUCAAACUAAGUUAUUACCCUCGAAGGGUUUAAGUAAACCACCCGGUGGACGCAGAGGUCCCAUGAAAAGAGAUUAUACACCAUCAAAAUGGAAUGAUUACUUUGAUCGCAAAGAAGAUGUUAGCGUUGGUGACGAUGUAUUUCGGAUUUAUCUAGCUGGAUCUGAAGGUCCUGCAUGUGUAUUCCUACACGGUGGUGGAUAUAGUGGACUCUCUUGGGCCGUUCUUACAAAAGAUCUGAUUUCAAGUGUAAGGUGUAGGGUCGUGGCUAUAGAUCUUAGGGGACAUGGUGACUCCAAAGCCGAAGACGAAGAUGAUUUAUCUGCAGAAACACUAUCAAGGGACGUUGGUAAUGUGUUAAAUGCAUUUUAUAAAGAUGAGAUACCUCCUAUUGUAUUGAUUGGGCAUAGUAUGGGUGGUGCUAUUGCUGUUCAUGCGGCUGUGAAUAAUCACAUACCUAAUUUGGUUGGUUUAUGCGUUAUUGAUGUUGUGGAAGGAACAGCUAUGGAUGCUUUAAGUCACAUGCAAGGUGUUUUGAGGGGACGACCAAAAACAUUCAAAUCCUUAGAGUAUGCCAUUGAGUGGUGUGUAAGAACCGGUCAAGUGCGAAAUGUAGAAUCAGCAAAGGUUUCAAUGGUUGGUCAAGUUUUGAGAGCCGAUACACAUGAAACAGCUACAGAAGAAUUGGAGCACUCUUCAGACGUAAUUCAAGAAGAGCCUAUAAACGAAAUUCAACAGGAAGAAACUGAAGCCACUUCCCAGACACAUCACUACAUAUGGCGAAUUGAUCUCUCUAAAAGUGAAAAGUUUUGGAAAGGAUGGUUUGAAGGCUUAUCACAAAAAUUUUUAUCCGUUUCCGUUCCAAAAGUACUAUUACUCGCAAACACGGACAGGCUUGAUAGAGAUUUAACGCUUGGCCAAAUGCAAGGAAAAUUUCAAAUGCAAGUUUUAAUGCAUUGUGGUCACGUUAUUCACGAAGAUAAUCCAGAUAAGGUUGCAGAAACUUUGGCUGCGUUUCUAACGAGACAUAAAUUUUGCUAA